AAGCGCAGGCGGUCGCGAGCACGGAGGCGGUUCCCCGCUGGGCCGAGGCUCUGAACGGGAGCCAAUCGGACAGCCGAGGUUGCUGCCAAUCAUGCGGUUCCCUCCAAUCCCACCCGUACGAUUUCCAAAAUCUAGGUCCCACUGUGCAGCUCAGAUGUGGCGUUCACUCUGCCAAUCGCUGGAGGACAGAGUGGGAAUAGGAAUAAGCAGAGUUGGGAAGACCAGGACAAAAGAAGUUAAAGAGCACCUCACAUAUACAUGUUUUUGAAAGCGAGCAGAGGUAAAAAGGUCCCCCCAGUGAGGGGGGACUUUAUGGGCCUGAUUGUGUAGUUCUAAUGGAGUCCCCUUUGAGCAAGAGGAACUCGCCAGCGCUGAGAUUAGCGGAUUUGGCAACGGCUCAGGGCCAGCCGCUCCAGACCAUGACAGGCUUCCCGUUACUGGCCUGCCCGCCCGCUCAUUUCCAACUCUGCGCAGCCGCCGCGUAUCUCCUCCACUCGCGGGACCCGGGCGCUGACCCCGGCGUGGCCAUCCCUAUGCUCGGACUUGAGCAGAUGGCCCAAGCCAGCGUGCCGGGCCACAGCCCUCCCGUUCAGGCGCUACCCGCACAGCCGGAGGCUCUGGCGGCCGCCGUGCGCGCUGCAGCCGCGGCCGCGCACCCCGGCUCCGGCACCCACCCCGGUGGCUGGGGCAGCUGUGGCGCACAGCCCUCCGCGCCCCCGCCCCCAGCCCCACCUCUUCCUCCCUCCCCUCAACCCCCUCCCCCUUCCCCUCCCCCGCCUUCUCCUCCUCCUCCUGCCCUCUCGGGCUACAACACCACCAACAGUGGCGGCGGCGGCAGCAGCGGCAAAGGCCACAGCAGGGACUUCGUCCUCCGGAGGGACCUUUCCGCCACGGCCCCCGCGGCGGCCAUGCACGGGGCCCCGCUCGGAGGGGAGCAGCGGUCAGGCACCGGCUCCCCCCAGCACCCGGCCCCGCCUCCCCACCCGGCCAGUAUGUUCAUCUCUGCCAGCGGCACCUACGCGGGCGCGGACGGCGGCGGCGGCCCCGCGCUCUUCCCCGCGCUGCACGACGCGCCGGGGGCUCCCGGUGGCCACCCGCACACGCUAAACGGCCAGAUGCGCCUGGGGUUGGCGGCAGCCGCUGCAGCUGCGGCGGCCGAGCUGUACGGCCGCGCCGAGCCACCCUUCGCCCCGCGCUCUGGGGACGCGCACUACGGGGCGGUGGCGGCCGCGGCUGCCGCUGCCCUGCACAGCUACGGAGCCGUGAACUUAAACCUGAACCUGGCUGCGGCCGCGGCCUCGGGGCCCGGGCCCCACCUGCAGCAGCACCACGCGCCGCCCCCGGCUCCGCCACCGGCGCCCGCGCAACCUCCGCACCACCCCCACCUCCCAGGGGCGGCCGGGGCCUUCCUGCGCUACAUGCGGCAGCCAAUCAAGCAGGAGCUCAUCUGCAAGUGGAUCGACCCGGACGAGCUGGCCGGGCCGCCGCCACCACCGUCCCCGGCCCCCGCCGGCUGCGCCAAGCCCUGCUCCAAAACUUUCGGCACCAUGCACGAGCUGGUGAACCACGUCACGGUGGAGCACGUGGGUGGCCCCGAGCAGAGCAGCCACGUCUGCUUUUGGGAGGACUGCCCGCGCGAGGGGAAGCCCUUCAAGGCCAAGUACAAGCUCAUCAACCACAUCCGCGUGCACACCGGCGAGAAGCCCUUUCCCUGCCCCUUCCCGGGCUGCGGGAAGGUCUUCGCGCGCUCCGAGAACCUCAAGAUCCACAAGCGCACUCAUACAGGAGAAAAGCCUUUCAAAUGUGAAUUUGAUGGCUGUGAUAGGAAGUUUGCCAAUAGCAGUGAUCGAAAGAAACAUUCUCAUGUCCACACCAGUGACAAACCCUAUUACUGCAAGAUCAGAGGCUGCGACAAAUCUUACACUCACCCGAGCUCUCUGAGGAAGCACAUGAAGAUUCACUGCAAGUCUCCCCCACCUUCUCCAGGAGCCUUUGGUUAUUCAGCAGUGGGGACUCCGGUGGGUGCCCCCUUGUCCCCAGUGCUGGACCCAGCCAGGAGUCGUUCCAGCACUCUGUCCCCUCAGGUGACCAACCUCAAUGAGUGGUAUGUUUGCCAGGCUGGUGGAGCCCCCAGCCACCUCCACACACCUUCCAGCAACGGAACCACCUCUGAGUCUGAAGAUGAGGAAAUGUACGGGAACCCUGAAGUUGUGCGGACGAUACAUUAGAAUUUAUUAUUAUUAACAGAUGAAAUAAUAAGUGGGAGUCCUUGGACCCUCUCCUAACCUGAGACAAUGCCGAGCCUGAGAUGAACGCAUGACUCAGACUUGCCACUGGUCUAAUUAGCCCUAUUUAUUCAGUAUGAAACCCUAUGGUGUUUGUACAUUUAAUUAAUUUAAUUAAGAUAUUCGGGCUUUUUUUCCUUUUUCUGAAACAAAAAAAAAGACCCAACCAAGCUGGACUUGUACAUUGCAGGGGGACAAUGCUGGGGGCAAAUCGUACCAAGGGAAAUGAAUGGAGAGAUUACUUAAUCAGCAUACACACUGCCGAUAAAAAUGUGUAUGUGUACAUAUAUUUAUAUUUUUAAUGGUGGAGAAGAAGAGCAUUAUGUCAAAAUUUCUUAGAGUGACAAGGCCCUCUGCUUCCCAGAGUGCCUCUUCAAUGCCUUUGACACCAUCAUGUGGGCUGCUUUUGAGCCUCCUCGUUGGGCCCUAAUUCUGCAAAGGCUUCUUGAUUGUAAACCACACACUUGCUGCACUGCCAACAGCUCCCUGGACCCUGCCUGUGUCCAAAAGUAUUUGUAAAAACCCCUUAAGUUCUAAUAUUUAUGGUUUUUAAUUUCCAUACUUUUAUUACUGAUUUCACCUUAUCGCACUAUUUUUAUACAGGAUUAUUUCUUUAGGACCCUUCUGUGAUUUUUUUUUUAAGUGCAGCAACCUUAAUAUCUCCAUGUAUGAUGCUACUGUGAUUGUUCAAGCAAAAAUGGAGAGAAAGAAAAGCUGCUGCAACAAGCAACUGUGAAACUGUGAUCUUUUAUAAAACAGGAAAUUCAAGCGCUUUUUCCUCUUUGUUAUUUUUUUCCUUUAAUCUGAAAUCUUAGAUGCUGCCUCCUUAUGGUGUCCAAACUUCUUGUGUAAUAAAGAGAUUAUGUUUUUAAUCAUAAGUUUAAUCUUUGGAAUGCCAACAUUCACCGUCAAGUCUGAGGAGGUGUGAUGAUGGCAUUGUGCCUAUUUUUUUUUUGGAAAGCUGUUGUUUUUAAAGCAGGCCAACUCUUUUAUACUAUUGUGUCAACCUUUUUUUAGAAAAGUCUUUAUUUUUUAAUGCCUGAAACUGCAUUUUAGUGUAUUUUCUUCCACCUGAGCACCGAGCACAACAAACUCUUCCAUCUGAAAAUGACAGUGUGAAGAAUAUGAUUUACAUUAAAAGGGGGGAGUGAGUUGCUAUACAUAUUAAAAUUUUUAAAAGGUUUAUAGUUACUACCAAACACUGAAGAGUGUGUGACCUUUGCCAGAGCUGUCAAGCUAGGAUAAAAAAGGUCAAGGACCUAGGACAAUAACUCUUAGUCAAUUUAUUUUCACUUGGUACAACACAUUUCCUGUGCAGAAUGUGGUCCAUCAGAAACAUCAUACAAAUAUACUAAAGAGCACUAAUUUAUCCUCGGAGACCCUGAAGACACCCCCUCCCCAGGGCUUGUAGAAAUUUGUUCUGUGUGCCGUGAGUGGUUGAUGUAGUCUUGUCAUUGUUAAUAACUUGUAUGUGAACACUUUUAUUUGUACAGUUGAAUUAAUUUAUUUUCAGACAUCAUCCUUCCCCCCUCUGCCCGCACCCCUGGAAGAGUUCAGAGCACACCAAAGAAUUAUAUAAUACAUUUUGGUGAAAGGUUGUCAUUUAGGGUUCCUUGGUUUAUUUUAAAAAAAUAGGGGAAAGAAAAUGGAAAAAUAUAUUUUUAAGCUUACUUGAAUGAAAGUGUAAUGUGAAAACCAAGACUCUUCCUGCAUGUCCUUCUUGCAUUGUGUUGAUGAGAUAUAUAUAGUUUAUAGAUAUAUUACUAGUACAGUGCAUGGUGCUGUCAUUUGGGAAGCCCUCAAUGUUGUCUUCAGAUUGUUAUAGUAAAUAUGAAGCCUGCAGACCCUCCUUUAUAAAGAAAAAGACCAUAAAACUUGAAUAUAAAAUAAUUCUACAGUUUUAAAGUUUAUUUGAUUUUCAUAUUUACCUUCAAAGUCCUUUCAAGUACAAAAGAUAUGGUAUGAAUUGGGGGGGAUAAUUUAUGUAUCGUAAACUUAUUAGGACAAAAUAUUCCUGAUGUAUAAUGAGUUGUUUUAUUUAUACAACUUUUUCAAUGGUAGUUGCACUAUUCUUUAUUAUGCUACAGGUUUAUUUAUUACAAAACAAAAGAAUAUGUAUUUUAUGUAUUUUGCCAUGCAUAGGUUCUGCUACAGAUUUACUGGUUUCUCAUUCACCUGAAAUGAAAGCUGUGUACCUCCAAUAGAAAGAAAGCAAGAGUGACUAUGAAGUAAAAAUGUAAUAAAGGUAUUCUUCCUAUGUAUUGUUACAUUUUA